AUGCUGACAUCUUUGACACCAGAAGGUGAGCGCGUGGAUUGUCCUAUGUGGCGUCCCGAUGCUGCUAAAGUGGAAAAGGUGCGGGGCAACGUCGAAGCAGCUAGAGAGCGGCCAUCAGUGAAAAUACUGUACGUGGCGUUGGGCCACGAAUCUUGGCUUACCUGA